AUGUUUUUUCUCUCUGGGUGGGGGGGCGAGGAAGUCACCGAUCCGAGUGACUUGGAUGAGGCGGGAAGCACCGCCGAAGACACGAAGCCAAAGCCCCCGGCCUCUGAGGAAGCCGCGGGCGGAUCUGUCUGGGGAUUUUUUGGUGGGGAGUCUCCAAAGGAAGAUGCAGUAGAAGAGAAGAAAGACGAGCCCCCAGAAACUGCUCCCGCCGCCACUGGGGGGGGAUGGUUCAGUUGGGGAGGCGGGGGAGAAGUGGAGGAGACGCCUGCUGAAGUGAAGAAAGAUGACAUCGCUGUCAGCGAGCCCAGCGAGCCCUCUGAAUCGCCUGGCGAAGGCCCGAAGCCGGAGGCGUUGGAGCCAGGUGGAGGCAAAAGUGACGACGACGAGACAAAGAAAAAGGAAAAAAAAUCUGGUAAAAAGAAAUCAAAGAAACAUAAGUCAGAAGGCAAAGAAUCAGGAGAAGAAUCCGAACUGCGGACGCGAAAGUCAGGCGAGUUCGCGACAGACGAGUCUGAAAAAGAUGCCUCUCCGAAGUCAGACAGUCCCAUACCGGACGAGACCCCACCAAAGGAGGACUCCCCCUCGGGAGAAACCCAACAGAAACAUAUAGACGCGCCGGCAGAACCAGAGAAGCCAGCAGAGACAGAAGCUUCCAGUGGGGGAGGUUUCUGGGGUUUCUUUGGCGGCGGCGCAACGGAGGAGCCCCCUGCCGAAGAACCCUCCGCUGCAGAAGAACCACCGAAGAAAGUGACUGAUAAUAGCACAGCCCCUGCUAAGGAGUCGAGCGGCGGGGGCUGGGGAUUCUUCAGUUCACCCCAGGCGAGCGACUCUGCCUCGGAGUCCGGUUCCCAGAAGAGUGGCGGUUCAGCCGGCUCCACCGACCUGAACAAAGGCAACGCGUCGCCUUUACCAGAUCCCAAAGACACUCCGGAGGUGCGUCAAGAGCCACCGAAAGCCGCAACAGAGGCGUCCUCAGGAUUCGGCUGGGGCUUCUUCUCGCCUACAGCAGCCGAAGGGGCUUCUGACAGUGAGGAUUCGCGAGAGGUCUCACCGUCGACGUCUCCAUCGGAACCCACGCUGGCUUCGGGGGGCUGGGGCUUUUUUGGAAUUGCAGGCGGAGCGGCCGAAGAGCCGAAGAAGGAAGAAAGUCAGGAGAAAGAAGAGGGAGAACCUGGGGCAGGAGAAGGCACAUCCCCACUUCGAGUCUUGAGGUCCUCUUCAGGUGUUUCGCGCGACGAGAAGGGCGAGGGUAAGGAAAAGGAGAAGUCGAAGAAGAAGGGCAAAGAAGAGGCAGCCCAGGAAUCAGCAGAAAAGGAUCCCCAACAAGAAGUGAGUCAGCGGGCAAGCGAGUCGGGCGACAAGGAUGGUGAAUCAAGGAAGCACCCGAACGGCAAACCAUGUGGAGAAGCACCUCAGGAGGACGAGUCUCCAGAGCCUCACAAGGAAGAGGAGACCAAAGACAGCGACGGUGCUCAAAAGGAGACCGCGAAGACAACUAGUCCCUCUAGGUCCAAAUCAAAACCUCCCCCCCCCCGGAGCGCCAAGGCAAAACAUCCACUCCAGCCACAAGGAUCGCAGCAAGCGACUGAUCCCCCAACUAGCCAGGGAGUCCCCGGAUCGGGGGAACCGCAGGAACUCGUGAAACACUCUUCCACCGCGUCGUCUGCUGGGGAUGCCGAGCGCUUAGAGCAGGAUGAGGGGAAGGGCACCCCGGAGGACGAGUGUCACACCACAGACCAGCAAACGAAGAUCGAUGGGAAGGCGGCAUCCCCACCUGAGGACAAACAGCCUCCGAGGAAGAAGCCUCCACCUAUCAAACCAGCGUCCGCGCCGCCUUCCACCAGUUCAGGCAUCCCCUUGGAACCUUCAGACAAAUCAGAAAAAUCAAACAUUCAUGGCUCUCAAGACAUCCAAACGGGAGCCCUAAUAUCAGCACCGUCACCAAGCAAACCCGAGCACCACGCCGACGGGAAGCCACACACACAGCCUAACGACGAGCAAGAGCAGCCUCUGUCGGAAGAGGCGGAGGGAAAGACAAAAGAUUCGACACAGGAAAAGGCGGUGCCAAAAAAGAAGCCGGCGCCUCCGAAGAUGCUGCCAAGUCCGCCUGGCGGCAAGAAGGGAGCGCCUGGAGUGAAGGCAGAGGGGGCUGGAGAGGGCGUGGCUGAAGGUGCGAAGGAGGGGGCGCCGUCAAAGGGAGGGGAGGAGCAGGGCGAGAAGAAGGACGCGGCGAAGGACGAGGAGAGGGAGGAGAAGAAGGAGGCUCUGUCGGGAGAGGCGGAGGGAAAGGCAGGAGAGCCGGCGCUGGAGAAGGCGGCAGCGAAGAAGAAGGCGCCGCCUCCGAAGAUGCUGCCAGGUCCGCCUGGCGGCAAGAAGGGAGCGCCUGGAGUGAAGGCAGAGGGGGCUGGAGAGGGCGUGGCUGAAGGUGCGAAGGAGGGGGCGCCGUCAAAGGGAGGGGAGGAGCAGGGCGAGAAGAAGGACGCGGCGAAGGACGAGGAGAGGGAGGAGAAGAAGGAGGCUCUGUCGGGAGAGGCGGAGGGAAAGGCAGGAGAGCCGGCGCUGGAGAAGGCGGCAGCGAAGAAGAAGGCGCCGCCUCCGAAGAUGCUGCCAGGUCCGCCUGGCGGCAAGAAGGGAGCGCCUGGAGUGAAGGCAGAGGGGGCUGGAGAGGGCGUGGCUGAAGGUGCGAAGGAGGGGGCGCCGUCAAAGGGAGGGGAGGAGCAGGGCGAGAAGAAGGACGCGGCGAAGGACGAGGAGAGGGAGGAGAAGAAGGAGGCUCUGUCGGGAGAGGCGGAGGGAAAGGCAGGAGAGCCGGCGCUGGAGAAGGCGGCAGCGAAGAAGAAGGCGCCGCCUCCGAAGAUGCUGCCAGGUCCGCCUGGCGGCAAGAAGGGAGCGCCUGGAGUGAAGGCAGAGGGGGCUGGAGAGGGCGUGGCUGAAGGUGCGAAGGAGGGGGCGCCGUCAAAGGGAGGGGAGGAGCAGGGCGAGAAGAAGGACGCGGCGAAGGACGAGGAGAGGGAGGAGAAGAAGGAGGCUCUGUCGGAAGAGGCGGAGGGAAAGGCAGGAGAGCCGGCGCUGGAGAAGGCGGCAGCGAAGAAGAAGGCGCCGCCUCCGAAGAUGCUGCCAGGUCCGCCUGGCGGCAAGAAGGGAGCGCCUGGAGUGAAGGCAGAGGGGGCUGGAGAGGGCGUGGCUGAAGGUGCGAAGGAGGGGGCGCCGUCAAAGGGAGGGGAGGAGCAGGGCGAGAAGAAGGACGCGGCGAAGGACGAGGAGAGGGAGGAGAAGAAGGAGGCUCUGUCGGAAGAGGCGGAGGGAAAGGCAGGAGAGCCGGCGCUGGAGAAGGCGGCAGCGAAGAAGAAGGCGCCGCCUCCGAAGAUGCUGCCAGGUCCGCCUGGCGGCAAGAAGGGAGCGCCUGGAGUGAAGGCAGAGGGGGCUGGAGAGGGCGUGGCUGAAGGUGCGAAGGAGGGGGCGCCGUCAAAGGGAGGGGAGGAGCAGGGCGAGAAGAAGGACGCGGCGAAGGACGAGGAGAGGGAGGAGAAGAAGGAGGCUCUGUCGGAAGAGGCGGAGGGAAAGGCAGGAGAGCCGGCGCUGGAGAAGGCGGCAGCGAAGAAGAAGGCGCCGCCUCCGAAGAUGCUGCCAGGUCCGCCUGGCGGCAAGAAGGGAGCGCCUGGAGUGAAGGCAGAGGGGGCUGGAGAGGGCGUGGCUGAAGGUGCGAAGGAGGGGGCGCCGUCAAAGGGAGGGGAGGAGCAGGGCGAGAAGAAGGACGCGGCGAAGGACGAGGAGAGGGAGGAGAAGAAGGAGGCUCUGUCGGAAGAGGCGGAGGGAAAGGCAGGAGAGCCGGCGCUGGAGAAGGCGGCAGCGAAGAAGAAGGCGCCGCCUCCGAAGAUGCUGCCAGGUCCGCCUGGCGGCAAGAAGGGAGCGCCUGGAGUGAAGGCAGAGGGGGCUGGAGAGGGCGUGGCUGAAGGUGCGAAGGAGGGGGCGCCGUCAAAGGGAGGGGAGGAGCAGGGCGAGAAGAAGGACGCGGCGAAGGACGAGGAGAGGGAGGAGAAGAAGGAGGCUCUGUCGGAAGAGGCGGAGGGAAAGGCAGGAGAGCCGGCGCUGGAGAAGGCGGCAGCGAAGAAGAAGGCGCCGCCUCCGAAGAUGCUGCCAGGUCCGCCUGGCGGCAAGAAGGGAGCGCCUGGAGUGAAGGCAGAGGGGGCUGGAGAGGGCGUGGCUGAAGGUGCGAAGGAGGGGGCGCCGUCAAAGGGAGGGGAGGAGCAGGGCGAGAAGAAGGACGCGGCGAAGGACGAGGAGAGGGAGGAGAAGAAGGAGGCUCUGUCGGAAGAGGCGGAGGGAAAGGCAGGAGAGCCGGCGCUGGAGAAGGCGGCAGCGAAGAAGAAGGCGCCGCCUCCGAAGAUGCUGCCAGGUCCGCCUGGCGGCAAGAAGGGAGCGCCUGGAGUGAAGGCAGAGGGGGCUGGAGAGGGCGUGGCUGAAGGUGCGAAGGAGGGGGCGCCGUCAAAGGGAGGGGAGGAGCAGGGCGAGAAGAAGGACGCGGCGAAGGACGAGGAGAGGGAGGAGAAGAAGGAGGUUCUGUCGGAAGAGGCGGAGGGAAAGGCAGGAGAGCCGACUCUGAAGAAGGCGCUAGCGAACACGAUGGUGCCAGCAAUGAAGGCGUUGCCAGGACAGGCUUUGCCGAAAAAGAAGGGCCUUCCGCCCGCCAAGGCAGGUGAGGCGGGGAAGGCGGCGGCAGACACGUCGGAGGGACCGAGGGCAGGCGAGGAACCGGAGCCCGAUUCAGCAGCUGCGAAAGCGGGUGAGGCGGACGCGAAGGCACUCGGUCCGAAGCUGGCGAUGCCUGCGGCGAAGGCGAUGGUGCCAGCAAUGAAGGCGUUGCCAGGACAGGCUUUGCCGAAGAAGAAGGGCCUUCCGCCCGUCAAGGCAGGUGAGGCUGGGAAGGCGGCGGCAGACACGUCGGCGGGACCGAGGGCGGUCGAGGAACCGGAGCCCCAUUCAGCGGCUGCGAAAGCGGGUGAGGCGGACGCGAAGGCACUCGGUCCGAAGCUGGCGAUGCCUGCGGCGAAGGCGAUGGUGCCAGCAAUGAAGGCGUUGCCAGGACAGGCUUUGCCGAAGAAGAAGGGCCUUCCGCCCGUCAAGGCAGGUGAGGCUGGGAAGGCAGCGGCAGACACGUCGGCGGGACCGAGGGCGGUCGAGGAACCGGAGCCCCAUUCAGCGGCUGCGAAAGCGGGUGAGGCGGACGCGAAGACACUCGGUCCGAAGCUGGCGAUGCCUGCGGCGAAGGCGAUGGUGCCAGCAAUGAAGGCGUUGCCAGGACAGGCUUUGCCGAAGAAGAAGGGCCUUCCGCCCGUCAAGGCAGGUGAGGCUGGGAAGGCGGCGGCAGACACGUCGGAGGGACCGAGGGCGGUCGAGGAACCGGAGCCCGAUUCAGCGGCUGCGAAAGCGGGUGAGGCGGACGCGAAGACACUCGGUCCGAAGCUGGCGAUGCCUGCGGCGAAGGCGAUGGUGCCAGCAAUGAAGGCGUUGCCAGGACAGGCUUUGCCGAAGAAGAAGGGCCUUCCGCCCGUCAAGGCAGGUGAGGCUGGGAAGGCAGCGGCAGACACGUCGGCGGGACCGAGGGCGGUCGAGGAACCGCAGCCCGAUUCAGCGGCUGCGAAAGCGGGUGAGGCGGACGCGAAGACACUCGGUCCGAAGCUGGCGAUGCCUGCGGCGAAGGCGAUGGUGCCAGCAAUGAAGGCGUUGCCAGGACAGGCUUUGCCGAAGAAGAAGGGCCUUCCGCCCGUCAAGGCAGGUGAGGCUGGGAAGGCGGCGGCAGACACGUCGGAGGGACCGAGGGCGGUCGAGGAACCGGAGCCCGAUUCAGCGACUGCGAAAGCGGGUGAGGCGGACGCGAAGACGCUCGGUCCGAAGCUGGCGAUGCCUGCGGCGAAGGCGAUGGUGCCAGCAAUGAAGGCGUUGCCAGGACAGGCUUUGCCGAAGAAGAAGGGCCUUCCGCCCGUCAAGGCAGGUGAGGCUGGGAAGGCAGCGGCAGACACGUCGGAGGGACCGAGGGCAGGCGAGGAACCGCAGCCCGAUUCAGCGGCUGCGAAAGCGGGUGAGGCGGACGCGAAGACACUCGGUCCGAAGCUGGCGAUGCCUGCGGCGAAGGCGAUGGUGCCAGCAAUGAAGGCGUUGCCAGGACAGGCUUUGCCGAAGAAGAAGGGCCUUCCGCCCGUCAAGGCAGGUGAGGCUGGGAAGGCGGCGGCAGACACGUCGGAGGGACCGAGGGCGGUCGAGGAACCGGAGCCCGAUUCAGCGACUGCGAAAGCGGGUGAGGCGGACGCGAAGACACUCUGUCCGAAGCUGGCAAUGGCUGCUUCAAAGGCGACUCUGCAGGCUCCGAGGUGUCUGUCGCAUCCAGUGGUGGCGAAAAAGGCAAUUACACCGCUGAAAGCUGGUGAGGCUGGGAAGCCCGCGGCAGACGUGAAGGGGGAACCGGGAGACGGGCAGCCAGAGGAAGGACGGGUCCUGGAAGAGGGGGGCGAGACGGAGGCGAAGGAUGCAGGUCCGAAGGUAGCGCGGCCUUUUGCGAAGACGACGCUGCCAGCUCCGAAGUGUCUGUCGCAUCCAGUGGUGGCGAAAAAGACAACUGCACCGGUGAACGCUGGUGGGGCUGGGAUGCCCGCGGCAGACGUGAAGGGGGAACCGGGAGACGGGCAGCCAGAGGAAGGACGGGUCCUGGAAGAGGGGGGCGAGACGGAGGCGAAGGAUGCAGGUCCGAAGGUAGCGCGGCCUUUUGCGAAGACGACGCUGCCAGCUCCGAAGUGUCUGUCGCAUCCAGUGGUGGCGAAAAAGACAACUGCACCGGUGAACGCUGGUGGGGCUGGGAUGCCCGCGGCAGACGUGAAGGGGGAACCGGGAGACGGGCAGCCAGAGGAAGGACGGGUCCUGGAAGAGGGGGGCGAGACGGAGGCGAAGGAUGCAGGUCCGAAGCUAGCUCGGCCUUUUGCGAAGGCGAGGCUGGUUGCGCCGAAGGGUCUGUCGCAUCCACUAUUGGCUAAAAAGUCAGUUGGACUGGUGGAAGCUGGUGAGUCCGGGAAGGCCGCUGAAGACACGGAGGAGGGACCGCCAGACCGCGAGGCAGGAAAGCCAGAUGCUGCGGCAGAGGUACGUGAGGUGCACGCGAAGUCAGUCGGUUCGAAGGUGGCACUGCCUCCUGUCAAGGCGAUGCUGCUGGCUCCGAAGGGUCUGUCGCAUCCAGUAGUAGCGAAAAAGGCAGUGGCGCCCGUGAAGACGGGCGACAUUGGAAUGUUUGGAACAGAGAUUUCGGAGGUGGCGGCUCCGUCGGCGACCUUGGCGAAGGCGGUCAGUCGUGACCUGUGUAAGGUGGCAACGGAGCUCCUCGUGCAGGCUCCUGGAGGUGUGUCAGUCCCCACAUUACCUGUUAGGGUUGUGACUCUAGAGAAGCCCAUGGAGGAGCGACAGGAUAACGACGUAUCGCAGAACGAGGAAGCUAAGGCGCGAGAACCCUCGGAAGGCGGAGCGACGACGCCUACCGCGGAGCCGCUGCGUAAGAAUGCACCAAAAUCCAAUGUGCUGGUGGGGAACCUGCCAGUUCUUGUUUCUCCAAAGAGGCGAGUGUCUGUUGAGGAGCUGGCAAUGGCCAAGGCGAAGCUGGGACUGACUCCAGUAGACGAGACGUCGAUACCGAGAGCAAACGGUGGAGACUCUGGGGCACCGAAGGCAGAGGGACAGCCACUGACGGAUGGACUGGGCGUGUGCGGCGUACGUGUGGCAGUUGCAGGUCCGCCUGGUGCCAAGCUGCCUAGCGCGCCGGUGGUUACAGCGUCCUUAAUUCCACGGCCCGCUGCCGUUAAGCAGACGGAACCCACAGAUGAUCGGAAACCUUUUGAGGUUGCUACGGCCCCCGUCGGGUGUGUUUCCAGACCUUUCACCUCCCAGUCCGGGACGCAGCCUCAGACACCUCAACUGUGGCAGCAGAGUGUGAAGCCUGCGACUUCUCCGGGUUUCAUGUCGGGAAACCUGGCGGAAGUCCUAAAGCCAGGGGCGUUCAUGGCAGCGCGUGUCCCUACCGGUUCCACGCGUACACGCCAGGAAAGCGACCAACUAGCUGUGCCGUCUGCCACUUCUGUAUCACGAAGCAUUGCUAGCAGGGAAGCGCAGGCUUCGCCGUUCGCUGGAGCCACCGAUCAGGAAGCCUCCGGAUGGGCAAACUCCGUCGAACUCUUGACGUCAGGAAGGCUGUCAGUCCCCGAGUCGGCGACAGGAAGUGCCACUGCGCGGACGUCUUUGAGUUCCCCAGGUGUAAGAACUGCACUUCAAAAGAACGCCGACCUCCGAAUUGAACAGAACCCACCACGUGGACCGCCGGCUGAAAGUGGAUCGCUUUCUCCCUCGUGUUCAUCUUAUUUAGAGCUGCUGGCGAUGUCGAUCCCUGUGGCGAAACGCACUGCACUACCUCCUGUUGGAAACUCGUCCCGCAAGAUCGUCGCGAAUUUCCGAGAGCAGGCAACGCUGUUGCUACAGGCAGAGAAGGCUCCACAGGAGCCGUCUGGGCCGCCGAGUCCAGGAGGCGGAACAUCUCGCCUUUCACCAUUCCAUCGUGUUUUCUCUGACUCUGCUAGGCCGUUUCGCACAACUUCCCAAGGUGCCUAUUCGCAUUCCGGAAGGCUUUCUGGGGUGCCCCCAACGCCUGAAUCUGGAUCCAGCGGCCCGAAUGGUGCUGGCGAGGAUAGCCCAUCUGUUGAGGCGAAGCCUACAAUGCUAGGAAAGGUUAUCAAGACGAAUGGAACUGCUUUGGUGCCAUUGCCAGGUCCUCACGAACGAACGUUGUCCCGAGUGCUACCUGGUUCUCUGCGGAGUACUCCCCGUGCUGGCAAGCACCAAAUGAAAAGUCAAGCACUAGGUGGUCCUGCACCGGUCCUACGUCUCGGCAAAGGCGGUGGCGCACAGCCGAUGCGAGAGGGAGUGAAGGAGAUCGAUCACGUCGCGCUUGACAGUGUUUACGUCCAGGGAUGUCCUGCGUCUCUCUCGGACGCAUUUAGCAAUUCGCUUUUUCCUAAAGUUGACCUCGACGCGGUUUCAACUGGUACCUGUGUCUUCGACCUCGGGCCCCGAGCAGUGAUGGCGUGCUCCGGGCCUGUCUACUCGAUGGCCCAUCUUUUUUUGCCCGACUCGCAAAGGCAGAUUGAAGAUGUGGAGGCGCAGCUUCAGAUUGCAGCAGAAGUCGAGGGAGCCUUCGGCAUCUACGACGCGCCUGACGGUGUCUACCCGUGGGGAGACUCUGAGGUCAACACCGCUGGGAACAAUAGCACCAGCGUUACAAAGCUACCAAAGGUGCUCUUUGGAGCUGCUGUCACAGCGUGGAACGAAAUGCUUGUCUACCGGAGACCGCAGCUGAUUCUCCUCAUCGGGACGGAUGUGAAAGCAUGGGACGUGGCCGUUCCUAGGCUGGUCGUAGAUCUUGUCUCUCUCGGCAAUCUCUCUCUCGGCCUCGACAGCCUCACUGCACGAUACAUGCACGACGCUCACCACUUGCUCCAGCUCUUUGGGUCUGUGAGGCCUGUGGAGGACGGUACCUUUUCCGAAGAAGCAAAGCUACCCCACACCGGCCUUCAUAGGUGGGACAUCUAUUUCACACCGGAGGGGGCUUUUUCUAGUGCAACCGUCUCCGCCUGGCUGCUUGAUUUGCCUGGCCUUUGUGAUGCCAGUAAUGGCAUGCGUCAGGACAUUCUUCUCAGAUUCACUGUCGGUGUUCUUGAUAAAGAAGAGUUCUUCUUAGGGCCCCAUUUCCCUUGUGGCUGUCUCCGGCCUCUUCUGGGCCAUGAUGUAGCCUCAUUUUCCCUAACCGACGAAGAGAGGGAACGCGUCGCGACAGAGUGUGCCGAUCUCCUGGUGCAGGUCCUGCAGCUCGACGAGUCUCAGGUCGUUGCUAUCAUCAAGACCUUUCUGGCUGUUAGUAUCCUGGCAAGGGAAAACUCAUGCACCUCAGAUGAAUCCAUAACUAUGGCUGCACAUCUUCUUGGAAUAUCGGCUUCUGAUCUCGGCGGUCACUUCCGCACCGCGCUAGAGUCCCCCCAUUUGGGAGCAGCGAAUCUGGGAUCGGCCGUCGCGAGGACACUUUACCGACAACUCUUCCAGUUUAUCGUUGCCCGGAUCAACGCCGUUUUGCAGCACAUGUCUCAUACGGGAAAUCGGGCUUUCAAUCCGUAUGUCAGAACCCCAUUCAGCAUCUCGGUUCUCGCCGGCCCGACGGAACUGGACGCUCUUCCCACGGUGUCAGUUGGCAAGCUUGGAUGCUACACAGCUCAGGCAGUAGGAUUAUGCUUCGCUUUCCGCCGUCUCCUCUACCUGCAAAAGCUGCUGUCACUCGGCAAAUUUGCACUUCCCGACUACUUGGACGGGCUCGGACAAUUUACACCUGCAAGCGUUUUUUCGGAGGCCGUUCUGCUUCCAGACUCUGGUCUGCUGCCUUUCGUCGCAUCUGGACCAAAAUCGAAGGAAGAUAUUUUGACAUGGUUCGAUGACCAUGGAAGUUCGGCCAGUAGUCAAAACCUCAAUUUUUUCUCGUGGAUCUUCGAGCGAGUUUCUGACUCCCAUAUCGAGGUUUCGCUUCCCGGCGACCGAAUCAAGCUAGAUGUGUCCGAAGCCGCCUUCUCUUCUCAGCCCUUGGAUCCUCUUAUCGUGAACGUCUGCAACUUUGUUAUCAAACAGUCGGAGCCGAUCCGCCGCCUACGGUUGUCGGGUAUUACACGCAACUCGGGACUUCAGGGGAGCGAGAGUCAUUUGCUCUAUGCCUCGCUGCAAGACGCUUGGAAUCCUUUGCUUGAUUCUCGACCAAUUGUGCUGCAUCGUGGAACAAGAGACGGUUGGUCGUCGCUUUCCGAAAGUCUCGAUGCGGUACAACAAUGGGAACAACACGGGUUCCCCCUUUUCAUCGUGAUAAAAGACCUUCCGAAGUAUUGUCCGAACCUGUUCCCGCAAGACUGUGCAGACGACGUCGACCGUCUGAUGCAUUUCUUGCCCGCGUACAUCGACAUCGAUGGCGUCCUAUUUGGCAGCUCUCUGCUCGCAGUGCGAAGCCAAGAAUACGAGGGACUUCAUCGACUGCAAGAAGAGGCGGCCGAAGUCGUCGCGAAGCGUCAAGCGUGGCUCGUCGAGGUUAUGGAGCUGGACUCUGAAAUCAGGGACAUCGUUAGCGAACAAGAGCACGGUGGCACUCAGCAGAUGGAGCUUGCCACGUACAGGUUAAGGCAGCCGUCGCCUGACUUGCGGACCUCACUCAUCCCGUUGUCUCAGUGGGGCACACUGCAGGAAGCCGCGAAACAGAAUGCUGAUAUUCUCGAUCUAGAAGAUGACCACGUUUCUGAGUAUGAGUUGCCGACUCCGGGUGCUCAACGAAAAUACGACUGUACAUCACCAGCGCUGUCUCCUCGACUGCAGCAAGCAAGAGUUUUGCAACCUGGAUCUUCUGGUAAAAAACACUGGGAACAGGGAGUGGAGAGACAGCAGGGUGAGGCCACGAAGAAUAGUGUAAGGGUUCCCUCCCACACUUCUCUCAAAUUGAAUUCCCAAGCGCUCGCAACCACACCCGCAGGUUCCAGUAGUGUGAGUGUGCCCUCCUUUCAUGCUGGCUUGCCGCAACUGCCAACCGGCUCUUCGGUCGUGAUGGGCAGGAACCAAAGAGCAGGCUAUUCAUCGCCCACCGGGGACAGUCAUACCCUCACGGACAGGAUCGCACCUCAUCCUGGUGCCUUUGGAGAGCUCCCAGCUACUCCAAAGCCGCCAGCGGUUGCAAAAGUGCACUUUCCGCGAGCAAGUGGUGUAGCUCAACAGAUGCAGGUGCCUCCUCGUAGGUACGAAGCCACCAGCGAACGGGUUCAGCCAAAAGGUGUCCAACUUGGCGCCUCGAGUGCCUUGGUGCAGGGAGCCACCAAAAAUGGGAAGCCGCCCCUCAUAUCACCUGUAACGGAGGCCCUCGCGUCCCCGAGGGCUAGGCAAGGCAUUGCAGACAGGCUCCUGAAGGCAUCACAGGGGGCGUCUGUUCAAAAUGUGGAUCUGGAAGAAAGGCAGAGGUUGGCUGACGAGAGGGAAAGGCUCAUCCAUGAAAACGAGCUUCUCCAGAUUGAGAAUCAGCGACUGACAACAGAGAACUUACGACUCGAAAACGAGCGGCUUCACGAGGAAAACCUCAAGCUAACUCGGCAGCAGUGUCGCCUCAAAUCGUCCGUGGCAUCUGGAGAUAACCACACCGUGGUGGACUUUGUUAGCACCCCGACACAGGCAUUCGAAGGCUCUCCAGCUCCUGUCCGCAAAUCUCCUGAUGCUGCACGCACGGCACCUGUGUCAGCGAUGCCGACGCCGAAGUCGCCUCAGGAGUCAUCCGAAGCCCAGGAUCGUCCGCAAGCUCCUCUGAGUCCGGCGCCUGAUGUCUCUGGGGUAGAGAACCGACGAGCCCAGGAAUCGUCAAUGAUUGCUCCCACGACAGUGGUUCCGAAAACAAAGAACCCACCGGGCGGGAAGCCUGCUGGUGCGGCGGUAGAAACCACACCUGCCAACGGGUCGUCAGUGACUCGUUUGAAAGCAGUGGCACCAAAACCGAAAGCCCCACUGAGUAAGGCAUCUGGUGGCACUGUGACGGAAGAAAAAACUGCCAAGGACUUGUCAGCAACUCCGAAUGCUCAAACUCCGGAGGGCGUUUCGACUGGGGAAGUUGAUGGCACGGUUGUAAAAGACGCAAGAGCCAUGGAGUCGUCAGCGACUCCUGCGGAAGCCGUGGCACCACCACCAGAGGCUCUAUCGAGUGGGGAAACUGAUGACAUGACUGUGGAUGCCACAACUGCCAAGGAACUGCCAGUAAGUCCCGUGGCGGCAGUGACUCCAAAGAAGGCGGCAACACCCCCCCUCUCACAGAUUCCUCGGGCGAAGGUUCCACCAGCGAAAGAGCAUGCAGUAGUGCGAUAUUCUCAUUCACCAUCACCAGUGGUGCAACAAAUCGAAAUUGAGCAGGCCGUUGAAGAACCACUCUCAGCUGACUCACACACUGAACAGACGUUUCCUCAAGCAGAGGAUGUUGAGUCAAUUCCUGAACAUGCAUAUGACGCCGGUGUGGAUGACGCUGCUGCCGACGUUACCGACCUUCAAAAUGAAAGUGGUGAUCUCGAAGAGGUAGAAACGGUUUCUUUCGAAGAUGACACGGAUAUGCUCGCGAAGGGGAUGCGUGCCGUGUGGGUGCAGGCGGCAUUUUCAGGUGUCUGGAAGGGUGUGUUGUACUGGCCGAAACAUUUGGAAAAGUUGGCAAAGGAAUCGCAAGAGAAUUCAGGUGCCUCACGAGUUAAACAAGCUGGGAAGGCGUCUGUGGAACUCACAGCCUCUGCAUUCUUUAAUUCGUUCGUCGAUACUGCAAAAGCGACGGAUGAACGAGAUCGUCAAUUGCUUGUCUCGGCGGGUCCUAUGGGGGACUUCCCGCAGCCAAGAGGAACGAUACACAUCACGAGAGGGAAAAUUCGAGGCAGGGAGGUUGGCCACGUGGGUCAUUUGGCUCAAUCUGACAGUUCAGGGCGUCAUGGCUAUGUCUCGCCGCCACCGGGAUCACCGCACGGCGAACGCCGGCAGCGUUUUGGCAAAACGUCUCUCAUGCGUUCGAGCGAUUAUGGAGGGUCGCCGGUCCCGCGCGAUCGCCAGAGAGAGGACGUUCCGCUACAGCUGAUCCCAGGGUUUCUUUCAUUUGAUUCCUCAGGCCAAGGAGGACCAAGCGUAACCUCCCCAGGUUUGAAUUUGUCUGAUUUUGAGGGGACUUGGAACGGGAGAGUGGUUUGGAAACCGCCUGCGAAGGAGUACGGCGACGCUGCCCAGGAUCUGUCAACCAUCAUCCUCGUGGACCUAACGCAGCCGGACGGAGGUGUCCCCGACCCUCGAGGGCCAUUGCAUGUUUUCCGCUCGGACAACGACGGUGCUCCAAGGCCGAUAGUCGUUCCACAAACAGGAGAGACCAUUGCGGAGAAACUGCAGACCAUUUUCAGCACUAUAGAUGUCUCGGGUGUACCCUUAGGUGCAGGAAACGUGUAUUUCAUUCCGCCGAACCAAUCGGGUGUGCUGGCUAUCACAGCACACUCAAAGCACCGAGACACCGGGUUGUGCAUUCAGGAGCCUGACGACCAAAUCACCACCUUUGAAAACUAUGGAGAGCGUCGGCGCAAGGAGCAGCACGACGACGUGAUGCGUCGACUCGAAGAAGCAGACAAGGAGUGCACAUUUAGGCCUAAACUCAUUAGUGGUGGCGGCUGGAGGUCGACCAGAAAAGCUGCGCCUGAGGUGUCCCCCAGUCGAACGUCUGGAAUUCCGGCCUCACGAACGUCAUCGUCGGCGUGUACGAGACUCCUGACCAAUUCCCGUGAUGUGACCCGAGAAUAG